CAAUUAGGUGGAAAAAGCAAGUGGAGAGAAUCCGUUCAUCAUUUUUUGGUAUCUAUUCAUAAUUCGUUUUAAUUCGAAUAUCUAGAAAUACCCUGUUUUAACUGUAUCGCACUAUGUGUUGGAUUUCCAAUCCAAUAAAUCUUUGAUCCCUUUGACAAAAUGGAAUUUGAAAAAUGAAAGAAUAUCAAAGAUAUUUAGAACUAGAUAGAUCUCGUCAACAGAACUUCCUAUACCCACUUAUUUUUCGGGAGUAUAUUUAUGGACUCGCCUCUGGUCAUGAUUUUAAUAGAAAUCGAUAUAUUUUGUCAGAAAAUGUGGAUUAUGAUAAGAAAUCUAGCUUACUAAUUGUAAAAUGGUUAAUUACUCGAAUAUAUCAACAGAAUCAUUUGAUUCUUGAUAACGAUUCAAGUAAAAAUCAAUUUUUGGGGUCUAACAAGAAUUUGUAUUCUCAAAUAAUAUCAGAGGGUUUUGCCAUUGUCAUGAAAAUUUCAUUUUCGCGACAAUCAAGUUCUUCUUUAGAGGAGGCGGAAAUCAUAAAAUCUUUUAAUAAUUUGCAAUCAAUUCAUUCCAUUUUUUCCUUUUUCGAAGAUAAAUUUACAUAUUUUAAAUUUUUUUCCGAUGUACGAAUACCCUAUCCUAUCCAUCUGGAAAUCUUAGUUCAAACUCUUCGAUACUGGGUGAAAGAUCCACCCCUUUUUCAUUUAUUAAGAUUGUUUCUUUAUGAGUAUUGUAAUUGGAAUAGUCUUAUUACUAAAAAAAAAACUAUUUUGACUUUUUCAAAAAGUAAUCCAAGAUUUUUCUUGUUUCUAUAUAAUUUUUAUGUAUGUGAACACGAAUCCAUCUUCCUUUUUUUACGUAAAAAAUCCUCUUUUUUACGACUAAACUCUUUUAGCGUUCUUUUUGAGCGAAUCUAUUUCUAUACAAAAAUAGAGCAUCUUGUAGAAGUCUUUUUGAAUAAUUUUUCGUCUACCUUAUUAUUCUUCAAGGAUCCUUUGAUUCAUUAUGUUAGAUAUCAAGGAAAAUCCAUUCUGGCUUCAAAGAAUGCACCUUUUUUGAUGAAUAAAUGGGGAUACUAUCUCAUUUAUUUCUGGCAAUGUUAUUUUGAUAUUUGGUCUCAACCCCAAAUGAUCCAUAUAAAGGAAUUAUUUGAGAAUUCAUUUCAUUUUUUGGGGGGCUAUCUUUCAAAUGUACGGCUAAACUUUUCAGUGGUACGGAGUCAAAUGCUAGAAAAUUCAUUUCUAAUAGAAAUUGUUAUGAAAAAACUUGAUACAAUAGUCCCAAUUAUUCCCUUAAUUAGAUCUUUAGCUAAAGCGAAAUUUUGUAAUAUAUUAGGACAUCCCAUUAGUAAGCCCGUUUGGGCCGAUUCAUCUGAUUUUGAUAUAAUUGACCGGUAUUUGCGGAUAUGCAGAAAUCUUUCUCAUUAUUAUAAUGGAUCCUCAAAAAAAGGUUUGUAUCGAAUAAAAUAUAUAAUUCGGCUUUCUUGUAUUAAAACUUUGGCUCGUAAACACAAGAGGACUUUACGCGCUUUUUUGAAAAGAUUAGAUUCAGAAGAAUUAUUAAAAGAAUUCUUUACAGAGGAAGAAGAGAUUCUUUCUUUGAUCUUUCCAAGAUCUUCGUCUACUUUGCGGAGGUUAUAUAGAAGUCGGAUUUGGUAUUUGGAUAUUCUUUUCAGUAACGAUCCAAUCAAUAUAAAUUGAUAAACCAAAAUCAUCCUUGCCUAAAAUUUGGAUAAAAAAUGCAUUUCUUUUUGAUUUCGAAUAGUAUUCUCUAUAGGAUUCUGAAAUGUUUAUGUAAUGUAGUAAGAGGGGGAUUUGAGAUUCAUCAACACUGAGUAUUUGACUUUUGGAGAGUAUUGUUCUGGAUAAGUAACUCAGGUUUAGAUGUAUACAUAGGGAAAGCCGUGUGCAAUGAAAAAUGCAAGCACGGCUUGGGGAGAGAUUUUUUAUUGUUUUCCUUUUUCAAUUCAUUAACAAAUCCAAUUUCUACUCCAUCCGACUAGUUCCGGGUUCGAGUCCCGGGCAACCCAUAUAAUAUAUGGAAUAUAUAUAUAUUAAUUAAUAUAGAUAUAAUGAUAUCCAUAUUAAUUUUAAUUAUAAAAUCUAUAAGAAAAUACGUCGAAGUUAUAUUUAUAUAACGGUAUAUGUAUAUACCAUAGUGAAUUCAUAAUCAUUUUCAUUCUUUGUUUAUUUUAUUAGAGUGGGGUAAAAAAAGCCAAUUUAGAUCAAUCUAGAUGAAUAAAAGCAUUUUCAACAGAUAUAUAUCAAUAUAUCUUCUUGGUUGACACCAAUAUAUGCCUCGUGUUAUACUGUUGAAUAACAAGCCCUCAAUUAUCUAGUUAGAGAGAAUUCGUGUGCUUGGGAGUCCCUGAUAAUUAAAAAAACCAAGAUUUUACCAUGACUGCAAUUUUAGAGAGACGCGAGAGCGAAAGCCUAUGGGGUCGCUUCUGUAACUGGAUAACCAGCACUGAAAACCGUC